CCCCGCGGCUCGUCGUCAGUUUCUGCCGCCUGUCACAGCUGCUCCUCCGGCUAGCCUGCUAGCGUUAGCAUUAGCAUUAGCCAGUCUACGUGUAACCCCGGCUGACAACAUUAGCUCCAGCGUUAGCAUCCGGCUCAGGCCGCGGAUAUUCAGAGUCUCACCAGCCCUGUCAUCCAAACUAGCCUCUUGGGAGGCAAGUCCCAAUGCCAUGGCCUCCAGCCACAGCUCCUCUCCAGUGCCUCGUGCAGGCCGAGAUCGGAUCUUUCUGAAGGAGCGGGAUCCCUCCCCCCCUCGUUGCCGGUCCAUCCGGUCCUUGCCCGACGUCUGUCCUAAGGAGCCCACCGGCGGGGGGCGAGGUCUGUGUGACGGCCCGUCCGUGGUGGCAGAGCACGACAGGUGGACGGUGUACAGCUCGAAGGUCAACCUCCCCGCUGCGCUGAACGACCCGCGGCUCGCAAAAAGGGAGUCCGACUUUUUCACCAAAACAUGGGGCCUGGACUUCGCCGAGACGGAGGUGAUGCCCUCCUUCUACCUCCCCAACAUCACCAGGGAACACUUCGGGCCCUACCUGCAGGAGAUGGCUCAGAGGGAAAGAAUCCACGAGCGCUGCAAGACGAUCUGUCCCAACAAAGACGACGUGGACGCCGUCUCCAGUGUCACCACCAACCACGACAAAUCCAGAGCGGAGCUGGAACAAGUCCCGAAGAUCUUCAUGAAGCCUGAGUUUGCUCUGGAGGACCCGGCCACUUUCAACACUGUCCUGCCCUGGUCGCACUUCAACAGUGCCGGAGGAAAGAGCAGCAGAGACGUGGCAUCGUCCAAACUACUGCAGGAGAAGCUAAGUCACUACCUGGAUGUGGUGGAGGUGAGCAUCGCCCGGCAGAUCUCUCUGCGCUCUGAGGCGUUUUUCCACGCCAUGUCCUCUCAACACGAGCUGCAGGACCGGCUGCAGGAGACGCAGCAGGCCGUGGCCGUCCUGCGGGGCCGGACAGCCGACAUUGACAGGGUCAUGUGUCAGGGACCUCUGCGGGCCCUCCGCACCGCCCUGACCCGCAACAACUGUGUCAAGCUGCACAAUAAGCUAAAGCUGAUGGCGGCGGUGCAUCAGACGCAGCCCACCGUGCAGCUGCUGCUCUCCACCUCCGAGUUUGUUGGAGCGCUGGAACUCAUCUCCACCACCAAGGAGGUGCUGCAGCAGGAGCUCCAAGGAAUCCACAGCUUCAGACAUCUGGGCUCCCAGCUGUGUGAGCUGGAGAAGCUGAUCGAUAAAAUGAUGGUGGAGGAUUUCAGCAUGUACGCCCGCAGCGACCUGAGCCGCAGCCUGAAGGACGAGCCCCAAGUCCUGGAGAAGGUCCACAAACCAAACGCUGCCUCACAGAAGGAGCGUCUGGAGUCUCUGGUGUUCGGCCUGCUGCGGCAGAGGAAACUGGACUUUUUGGAUAUUUACAGCGAUGAGAUGAUUAUGGCUGCUAAAGCCAUCGUCACUCAGUGUGUAGCAGAAAGUGUUUUGCACAUAGAAGAAAUUGACACUGAAGUCGUCACUAAGCUAGCUGACCAGAUGCGUGUGAUGACGUUUCCUCAGUGGUUUGAGCUGCUGAAAAACGUCUUUGAGAGUUUCCUUCUCUUCCUGCAGAGGAUCAAGGCCACUCUGAACGUGAUCAAAAACGUGGUCCUGGAGGUUCUGGCCUCAAACCAGAGGAACCGGCUCCUGGAGGAGGCCAGUUCAGGGGCUUCAUGUCAGGAGGCUUCUCACAGUCAGUCGCUCCUGCAGGGGGAGGCUGAGUUGGCCUACCUCACUCACGAAGGUCUGUUCAUCAGUGACGCUCUGAACGAGGCCCAGCAGCAGCAGCAGCAGCAGCAGCAGCAGCAGCAGCAGCAGGCAGGGGUCCAGGAUCAGAGCUCUGUGGUGGGCUCCCGGACGCAGCAGAGCCGGACGGAGGCUGGCGGCAGCGACUCUGCCUUUGGGACCACAGAGACCUCCGUCAGCAGGGAGCAGAGCUUCAUGUCCGCUGAGAACAUGAUGCCCACAGAUCACGAGCUGAACCGUGUGAUCAACAACAUCCAGGAGCUGCUGCACUCGGCCUCCGACAUCAGCCAUGACCGCUGCGUCAAAGUCCUCACAGCCAGAGCCAAAGACGGCUCUCUGGAGCGUCUGAGCUCGGCGGAGUUUGUGUGUCUCUCCCAGGCCGUGGAGGGUUUCGUCAGGGACACAGAGGAGCUGUGCGGCAGGCGCAGCGUCUCCCUGCGGGGAGCGCUGCAGAGCCAGGCCAACCGCUUCGUCCACCGCUUCCAUGAAGAACGCAAGACCAAACUCAGCCUCCUCCUGGAUAAUGAGCGCUGGAAGCAGGCCGAGGUUCCCGCUGAGUUUCAGGAUCUGGUGAACUCCAUUGCUGACGGCAGAAUAUCACUACCAGAGCGCAAAAUCCCAGGUCCAGAGGAAAGGAAGCCCACUGAGUUUCUGCUCGUCAACGGGCAAAAAUACGCCGUUGUUGGGACGGUUCUGCUGCUGAUCCGGAUCUUUCUGGAAUACUGUCAGUGUGUCAACGACAUCCCAUCCAUCGCCACCGACAUGCUGACGCGUCUAUCGGACCUCCUCAAGCACUUCAACUCUCGGAGCUGCCAGCUGGUUCUGGGAGCCGGAGCUCUGCAGGUGGUCGGCCUCAAGACCAUCACCACCAAAAACCUCGCAUUAGCUUCCCGCUGCCUGCAGCUGGUGGUUCACUACAUUCCCAUCAUCAGAGCUCAUUUUGAGACCAAACUGCAGCCCAAACAGUUCAGCGUCCUCCGACACUUCGACCACAUCACCAAGGACUACAAUGAUCACAUAGCAGAGAUUUCUGCUAAGCUGGUGGCCAUCAUGGACAGUCUGUUCGAGAAGGUUUUAUCAAAGUAUGAAGUGAAAGCUCCGAUGCCUUCGGCCUGCUUCAGAAACGUCUGUAAGCAGAUGUCAAAGAUGCACGAAGCCAUUUAUGAGCUUUUACCUGAAGAACAGACACAGAUGUUGUUUCUGAGGAUUAAUGCCAGUUUUAAGAUGCACCUGAAGAGGCAGCUGGCUCGACUCGGGGUCGUGAAUGACGGAGGACCUCAGCACGGGCUGGUGGUGGUGGACGUCGCGUUCUACACGGAGAACGUCCAGGCGCUGAAAAGCCUCGAGCGGCUCGACCUGAACAUGGCCGAGAUCUGGGAGCAGAAGAGGUGAUGGGGGACGACGACAACAAUGGGAUGUCCAUGACCGACCUGCCGACCAACCCGGCAACGGUGGAGGGAGCCGACCUCAUGGGCCAACGGCGGCCGGCUGAGGCUGGAGGAGGCCCAGAGGGACCAAAAAUACUAAACUGGGAGAAGAAAAGCAGCGACAUGCUGUGGCUUCCUGAACCGCUCCACCUUAAAAGACUUUAUCAAGUAACACACAGAGCCUCCUUUAAAACAAAAAACUGCUGUCGCCUCAUCUCACUGUGUGCAAUUCAACAGAAAUACUAGUAAAUUAUUAGAGAUGGUUUUAGUGGGAGUCAAGGGUGUAGAUAAUGUUUAAGAAAUGGCGGGGUAAUUUAUUUUCUGUCGUCUUGAAAACAUUCAAUACUGUGGCAGACUUUUUCUUCAGCGGGGCCGGGAUGUUUCUUUGAUCAGCGCACACUGAAACCGAACUUUUCUGUCGCUGGGUUCGAGACUUUUGCAAAAACGUCACAGCCGAGGAGUCAGGGUUCACGUGAUUCGCUCUUAUCUUCCCUUCCUGCUCUAAAAGAAUGAACAGGGUUCCUUCAAGAUGUUUCCAAACCUCAUUCAUAAGCUGUUUGUUUUUUUGGUUUUGUUCUCUGUGGUAAUGACUGAACACAUACAGGCAUGAAAUGGAUUCUUUUAUACUCAAAACAAGAAAGUUUUUCAGACUUCUUGUGUUCAAGGCCUGGAAAUUCAGGCAGUUUGAGACCUGGAGGAACCCCAAUGAAGCAGGAGCUGAUUUAUUAAAAAAAAAAAGUGUAAUUGAAGAGUUGAUUUCCUGAAAAUUUAAAAUAAAUUAAAUCCAGACUGUGAACACAUCACAACUCAUCAGCUACAUCCUGUUGUUACCAAAGUAAAACUAGGUUUCUAAUUUGGAAGAUAAACUCUUCAAUUCCACUUUUUUUCUUCUUUUAAACAAUCCAGCCACGCAUUAAGUUUCCUUUGAUAGCGAUAUUCAGGCCCAGACGUUGUGACGAUCCAGAGACUAGACUAGAGCAAGUCAUUUUUAUACGUGUUAUUAAUUGAUGAGAGUUUGACUGCAGAACAUGAAGCAUGAAAAUCAGCUGUUAACUCAAUCUACUGUCGACCUUCUUCCUACUGUUGUUUUAUUUAAUCUGCAUGAGCUUUUUGUUUCCCACCGAGGCCAAAAAACGACGCACGACGGAACAGAAAAUCUGAUUCAUUUUUAUUUUUAUACCUUCCUUUUUGAUUUUUAUUUUGAAAAACAAAUGUCAGAAUCCAGAAAUGAGACCAAGAACAAAUUUGCUCUUCUGAGUAAAAUGCAAGCACACAAGACAUCUAACACAAGAACUCUAAAGUUGCUUCAAACACUGUCUGUGUUUGAGGUAGUUGUGACAUCACAAGACGUGAUGUGGACUAAUCAAACUGUAGCAGAGGGGACGUUCAAGUGAUGCUCUCGUGGUGCUUUCCGGUGCCGACACUGGUCACAAAGUCGUCGUGGAGUCACUUUCCUGUCCUAAUUCCUUCAAAAUAAAGCGUGUGAAAUCGUGAGGAGCUGAUUUAACCCGUUUACACCUUUUUUAAAUUGAUCAAAUAGAGAAUAUGUCAGUUUUUUGUUUUUAUUUAUAACUAUACAGGUUAGGAUUUACCACUUCAAAACGCACCUUUAGAUCCCAUGUCGACAGGCUACCUGGUUUGUGAGUCCUUAAUUCACUGACACCACCUUUUAGAAAUGUCUGUUCAGCCACAACAAGUGCGGCACAGAGCCACUGACUGACGACAGAAUCCACGGCUCAAACCAAAACUGUGCUGAAGUAGUGAUCGUAGAUAAACAUUUUGUUUGAUUGACAGCUCCUUCACUCACAGUCAGCAUACCUGCACAGGUGUUUACAUCAGUACUUACUUUGUUUCCUCAGACGUCAGAUUUUCUGUUCCUGAGUGAAGUUUAGCUGUCCUACAUCUGUCAAGCUGCGGUCACGUCACCUUCAGUUGAACAGGAAUCACACGUCUCCGAAACUACAUCGACACUACUACAUCGACAACCCCAGGCAGCGUUCAGCCUCUUAAAAACUACAAGAUUAAAUGAGACUGGAGCAUUUCUCUUCUGUAUCUUUUGUCUGACUGCAUUAAUCAGCUACUGUACUUUUCAUACAGCAAACUUUUUCUUUUUGUUAUCAUGAGAAAACGGCUUUAUCUCAAGAU